CUCGCGGGGCUGGCCAAUUGUCGCGGAACCGUUGUCAAUGUACAUACUGCAACCGUGGUAUCAUAUUUAUAACUGUUGUGUGUUUGUUUUGCGCGCGUAACCGGUUUCUACGUUCGAGUCCCGUACCCGCGAUCGAUACAAUACUCUGCCCGCCCGUUUGUUUUAUUUUCGUAUUAUCACUUUGGAUUUUGUCAGAGUUUCCGCGCGACAACCAUCGAUCUUCAUAAUAAUAUUAUAAUAGUAAUCGACUAUAAUCCGAAAACAACUAUUCCCGUAAAUUCACGUCUCGAAGCGAAUUUCAGUGAGCUGUCUACGUCGUCGCACGACGAUCCCCGCCGAAUCGAUUUUGAACAUAAAAAAUUGAAGUCAAAAUAAAUAACAGCAAUAUGGGAAAAUUGUCUUUGGCCGUGGUUAUGAUUUUGGUGGCUACAGUUGCUGCAUAUCCAAGCAAACCGUCGUUUCUCGGGUGCCAGAGCUCUGAAGACUGUGGUGUGGACGAAUGUUGUGUUUUAGGUAUGAUGCGGUAUAGCGUGCCCACUUGUAGACCCCUGGGCGAAGAGGGCGAUACGUGUCGUCCACACUCCGGUGACGUUCAACCUAAGAACAUAACAGUCACUUACCCCGACGGAUCGUCUGCCGAUCUGUACGUGCAUACCAUACUGUGCCCAUGCGCCACCGGACUCGAGUGCUCGGACGGUAUGUCGUGUACCGGGUUGGACGGGGCCGGUAAGCUGCUGUUGCGCGAGGACUACACGGACGUGGAUGACCUCAAUCACCUGCGACGAUGAACAGCCACAUUAUAGUUGCGAUAUCCCCAUUGCUAUAUUUUUAUUAUCUAUAAUUAUUAUUAUUAUUAAUUAUUAUUUUAUUGAUAAAUUGUUUUCUACACUGGCGCAACACUAAAAAAAAAAAAUGAUUACUGUAAUAUCAUUGUUAUAAUAUACACGUGCCUACUAGUUUUUAUAAUGCUACCUAUGAUAUAAUAAUAUAAUACACGAGUCCUAUAUAGGUUUACUUUACUGUAAUGCAAAUAGCGCAAUAGACACGUCGUAUAGGUGCGCACUCCGCUGCAGAUCGUCCGUUAUUUCGUUCUGUUAAUGUCCUAAUCCUGACUUUUACUUUCAAUAUUUAUCAAGUCAAUCAUAUUAUCGGCCGUUGUCUGUGUCGUAGAUCUACGAUUUAUAUCCACUUAAGGUUUCAACAAAAUUGAGAACAAAUUUGAAUUAAAAAAAAAAAAAAAAAAUGAACAAUAUUUAAACUAUUUUAUCUUGAAAAUGAAUAGUACGAACAUGUUUUAUUAAGCGUAAGCUAAAUAUUAAGACAUGAAAACGAUUAUCGAUGGGAGGAAGAGCAUGAUGGACGAAUUACCUAUAGUAAAGAUCUAACGAAUGAGAGGUAUGCGCUGCGUGUGCUUAUAUGAUCUAUGCGACUAUAAUUUAGCCUAAAUGUACUGUGCCAAUAAACAUAAUAAUUCAUAAUAUUUUCAUAGUAUUUUCCAAAUUUUUCAAUAAGAUAUCUCAUAACUUCACAAGAGUCGAUAUUCGUCGAUUGAAAUUCAAUUUCGAGUUCAACAGUUCAAAUGAACACGACCAAACGAAUCGGAAAAAAAAAUUCUGCAAUCUUGAUAUCGCCAUUCCGUAGCCAUAAUAUUAUUAUUAUCGUUGUAAAUCGUAAUGCUUAUAUAGUUUUCCAUCGUCAAUUAUUGUGUAACCGUUACUACACUGUGACCGGACGCAGUACAUUAUAAUUAUCAUACGUGUGCGAACUUCAACGCGAUAGACGAUAGUUAGUAUACGGUACAAUAAUAAUAUUAUAAUAUAUAAUUACACGCGUGGUGUGAACAACGGCCGUAAGGUAGAACCCGUCACCGCGAUCACAGUGGCACGUUUUCGAUAAUUUGACGAAUGCGUCAAACAACAAAUUAUAAAUUACUAUAUUAUAGUAACUCAUCGUACAAGUAUCCCGUAAUAUUAUAAUAGGUACAGUAGGUACACGUAAAAUAAUUAUCGUACACCAUUGCACCAAAACAAAACGCGCACAACAAUAUUAUUAUACCUAUUCGUUUUUCACGUAGGUACCUGUCCCGAACUAUGUGCGGUUCUAUGGAUUUCCGCAACGAAAACAUAAUAAUAUUUCGGUAGUGUUUACCCGGAAUAAAAUUUACAGAAACGAUUUUAGCUGUGUACACACACGACAUACUAACUAUAUUAUAACUAUGGAAGUACACUCGGUGUAGUGCUAUUUUAUAAUUUAUGUUACAAUGUAUAAAUUGGUAUUGUCGUGCGCGCGUUUGGUGCAACACACUGCAAAACUGCAGUUGCAUUGUUGUCGGUCGUAAUAAAAUUCCAUGAUAAUUAUUGUUUUGUUUUGUUUUUUUUUUUUUUUUUUUUUUAAUGUGUAUUAAUAUUAUAAACUAUGUACCUACAGCUAUAACAGCUAUAGUAACUGAAGGCGACGGGUGAUUACCUCCAUCGUUUAUUAUCAUUAUUAUUAUUUUUAUUAUUAUUAUUAUUAUGUUUAUGUGUAUGUAUUAUGUUUGUUCGCACUUUACGGUGUGUAAAACCGAUUUUUUUUUUUUUUUUUUUAAUAGCAUAUAAAUAUAAUAUUAUUAUUAUACCCAUUAUAA